AGAAGCUAAAUGCCACCAUCACAUACUUCCAACUUCAACCUAACGCCCGACUUUUCCCUUGUUCUCUUUCCUGUCUCUCUCUCUCUCUCCUUUCCUUCAUAACCUCCGCACACUCAACACACACGCACGCACCCAAACACGAGAGAGAGAGAGAGAGAGAGAUGGCGGAAACCACCGGUUCGAGUACUGCCGCUACCUACGAGGUUGACGAAUGUCGUGGCGUCCUUCGAGUCUACAGCGACGGCUCCAUCGUUCGCUCCUCCAAGCCGAGCUUCGAUGUCCCCGUCCACGAUGACGGCUCCGUUCUCUGGAAGGACGUCCUCUUCGACCCGGCCCACGACCUCCGCCUCCGCCUCUACAAGCCAGCCUCCGCCUCGGCUUCGUCCGCCAAGCUCCCCAUCUUCUACUACAUCCACGGCGGCGGCUUCUGCAUCGGCUCCCGCGCCUGGCCCAACUGCCAGAACUACUGCUUCAAGCUCGCCUCCGAGCUCCACGCCGUGGUCGUAUCCCCCGACUACCGGCUGGCCCCGGAGAACCGGCUCCCGGCCGCCAUCGAGGACGGCUACACGGCCGUGAAGUGGCUCCAGGCUCAGGCCCUGGAGGCUAGCGACGCUUGGCUGGCCGAUGUGGCCGACUUCGGAAGGGUGUUCAUAUCGGGCGACUCGGCCGGCGGGAACAUAGCUCAUAACUUGGCGGCUCGGCUGGGAGCCGGAGCUCCAGAGCUGGCUCCGGUCGUGAUGAGGGGUUAUAUGCUCUUGGCGCCGUUCUUUGGGGGAACUGUGUGGACCAAGUCGGAGGCCGAGGGUCCUAAAGAUGCUUUCCUCAAUUUGGAACUCAUUGACAGGUUUUGGAGGUUAUCGGUACCGACCGGAGACACGACCGACCACCCGUUGGUGAACCCCUUUGGGCCAUCGAGCCUCGACCUUCGACCCCUCGACCUGGACCCCAUCCUCGUGGUGGUCGGCGGCGCCGACCUUCUGAAAGACAGGGCGGAGGAGUACGCGACGAAGCUCAAGGCUUGGGGAAAGAAGGUGGAAUACGUGGAGUUCCAAGGGCUGCAACAUGGAUUCUUCACCAUCGAUCCCAACUCGCAGGAUUCGAAACGCCUGAUGCUCAUCAUCAAGCGCUUCAUCGCCGACAACUCCACCUGAUGCACCAAUUUGACGUCUAGUCCGUUCUUUACAUAUGCGAUUUGGUGUUUUUUUGUUAUCUUCCUGUUGUAUUGUGGCGUGUGGAAGUUCUCUUUGUUAGUUGUCGUACUGUCCCGGGGAACUCUAAUGCAUCAUGCCCAAAUAAAUGUUGAUAAUUGUAAAAAAAAUUGUUGCUAAAAGAAAAUCAUUGAUAUGUUUUCUUUCA